UCUUUGCAACCCUGCUUACACACACACACACACCGCGUGCUGAAGAAGUUAAAACAAGCACCAUUUUCAGAAACACAAGAUACCUCGGUGGCAAAAUUAUAGACAUUUUCACACACCUGAAGAAACAAAGCACUUAAUUUGAGUUGAAUCUUGAGUCACAGUCAGAGUCAGAGUCAUAUCUAUGAUGGAUGAAGAAGAAGCAUUGCAGAGGAUCAUGGUGGUAAGAGAAGCCUUCAUGGUUUCACCAGCUGGUGAUAGCAAACCAACUCUGAGAAAUGCCCGUUUUUUGAAUCCCAUCAUUUCUUCGGAUGCAAAAUCCACUGAUCAUCAUGUUUCGGAUUCUAAUUCUAAGGCUCUUUCAUCUUCUUUCUCCGCUGUUCCACCAGUUUUCGAACCCAAGAACUGGCCUAUGAAAAUUGAAACCCUAUGGUGGCGUUCCCCACCAAAAAAAUGGGUUCAUUGGUUGGAUACCCUUUAUCCAAAAUAUGCUUCAAUGUGGAAGAAAGUUGGCAUCCUUGAUGCUCUAAUGAGCACAAAGUGUAACAUACUCAAAACAAACUCAUCAAUGGAGCUUUAUGUUGGGGUUGCUGAGAAAUGGUGUCCUGAGACCAACACUUUUGUGUUUCCAUGGGGUGAAGCUACAAUCACCUUGGAGGACGUCAUGGUUUUGGGGGGUUACCCUGUUAUUGGUGGCCCCGGUUUUACUGCUCGUAAGGACGAGGAAAUGAAGUAUAUUGAAGAGAAAUUGAUUUCCGGAAGAAAAGAAGCUGGAAGGAGCAAACAGAAUAAAGCUUCCAUGUCUGCUUGGAUGGGUGUUUUCAUGGAUAGUGGGAAGGAGAUUGAACAUGAAGCGUUUCUUGCUGCUUGGUUAUCAACUUUUGUUUUUCCUAAUGGAGAUUUGAUAGCAAAGAGCGUGUUCCGUAUAGCCAUUCAACUAGCUAGAGGGGUUUCGAUUGCGUUGGCGCCGGCGGUUCUGGCGAGUAUUUACAGGGAUUUGGACUUGUUGAAGAAAGCAAUUGUUGGAGUGAAAGAAAACAAGGUUGUCGAGAAGGAUGUAAAAUUACAAGUUACCCUCCGAUCACCGUUUCAUUUGGUUCAGGUUUGGGUGUGGGAGAGAUUCAAGAACUUGCAACCGCCGCAACCGAAGGUGAUCAAAAGUGGAGAACCUAUAGUCACAAGGUGGCAUGAGGUUAAGCCUGCGAAAUUGGAGAAUGUGAGAGCGGCAUUGAACUCAUCCGUGGAUCAUUUUCUUUGGAGGCCAUAUGCAAGACUUGCUAGUGGUAAGUACAAAGUUUUCUAUCCUGAGCAUGAGAAAUGGAUACAAUUAGGCAAAGAUUCAGAUUCGGUUAAAGAGCUUGAAGCUUAUGCUAGUUGUUUGAGAGUUUCGGAGCUAGUUGGGUUUGGUUCUGAUAGCAUAGUAAAGCAGUACCUCCCGAAUCGCGUCGCUUUGCAGUUUGGAUUGGAUCAAGAUAUACCGGCUUGUGUGCAAAGAUUAGAUAAGAGUGAAGCUAUGGCUUGGGAAAAUUAUUGCAGGCCUAUAUCUGAAAGAAAAUUGUACUUUCCUUCUCGGUUGUUUGAGGCAGAUGUUACUUCAGGGUAUGCAGAGUGGUGGAAGAAUUCAGUGUUGUGCAAUUUCGAUCCUGCUAUUCAUAUUGCACAGCACAAAAAACGUGCAGGAUUUUCGAAUAUCGCUGCUCUACUCAAUAAAGCAAAACGAAAAACCAGUGAUGCUGAAAUUCCUGAUGUUCCUCCAGGUUUUGCACCUAAAAAUGACAGAAAAGAAGCCGAGGGAAACUGUGAUGCUGAUGUUCCAGCACAUAAGGUUCUGAAUGCUGCCAAUUCCUCUGAGGAUUGUGGUGCUACGACUCGCCAUCCGGGGAAACUAAUAAGUGACGAAGAAGGUAAGAAUUUGUCGAGCUCUGCAGCCUCUACUGCAGACUAUGGAGCUGCAGGAGAGCCAUUGCAACAGAAGGAGAAAGUUGUGAUUAUUUUGGAUGAUGACAGUGAGAGUGAACCUUCAAUGGUGGCUAUGGAGGAGGAUUUCUCAGGUGAAAAUGGGACCAGAGAACAAGAGAUGUCUUCGGAGAAGGUAAACCAUUCCGGUAAUGAAGAUGAAGGCCAUGGUUAUUCAUCUGAUUUGCACAUAAUGGUACAGGUUGAAGAAAGAAUCAGAAGACUAGAAAAUCAGCUUGCAACAGUGUAUAAAACUAGGAAGAUUAGGCACAUUUGAGAAAAUGAUUAUCCUUUUGAAAUUGACCGACUUGCUCAAUACAUGGAACCUGAUGAUAAAUUAUAAUGCACCUAGGAGCAACUUGUCGCCAUCAUUGAAGAGCCCUCGCGGAAUCCCAUGCCUUGUCGCCGCUGCCAGGACCACCACAACCUCGUUGUCGUCAAACCCACCGCGAACAAGAAUUUGUAUUUGCAAUAAGAUUGUCUUCCCCUGUUGACUUGGCUACUCUUGCAAAGAGGCUCAAUUCAAUAGCAAAAACAAGGCGUGAAGAGAAAAGAGUUAUAAGAAGAACAAGACGAAAAAUAACACUCUCAAUGGAAAAAACUAGUACUACUAAUAGUAGUAGUGAAUUUUCGAGCGGCGAUGGUGAAUUUAGUAGUGUUUGGAGUAUGUCUUCGCCAUGUGGGAGCCCUGCAAGAAUUGGUGUGGCUGAGCAAGUUACUAUGGCCAUGACAUGGAGGGAGGAGUAAUCUUGGACGCUAUCAGAGAGAAGUCAUUCAAUCGGCGAAGCAAAUCGGAGUUAUUGAAUGAAGCUAAAGUUGAUGAUUGACAAGGCCUUUUGAAUUAAAGUUUUGGGGUAUGAUCUAGAUGUGUUUUAUUUGUGAAAUAUUGUUUUAUUUUUUCUGAUCUUUUUGGUGUAUUAGAGGAAUGGACAGAACAGAACCAUCAUAAUAGUCAAGAAAUUGUGUGUCUGAUUUUCUCGCAUGAUGUAUCUAUCAGUUCAUAAA